UUUUAGGACCUGGCUUUCGCUUUCCCGCAAAAAAAGACCACCCUAAUCCAUCUCUCCCUCUCUUUCUCUCUCUAAAAAUUUGGUCUUUUCAGUUUCUCUCUCUACGAAAAAGUGCGAUGCAGAAUAUGACUGCCACCGACGCCGUGCUAGUUGGUUGAUGACCUCCUUCUCCUUCUUCUUCUCAGAUCGCAGCAUCAGUUUAAGCUCUGCACUUUGAGGCCAAUGAAUGAUAAUUGCUGGAAAAAGCUAUCUAAUGUAGUUGGUAUUGAAAAUCUGGGAAUUGGUUAUUGAAGAGACUUUUCCUAUUGCCAAUGGGUGUGGGCUAUUUAGCAAUUUCAGGAGUUUCCACAGUUUUGAGCUUUGUGGGUCUACAAUGUUGGACAGAGUUGUCAUUAGAUAAACUAAAAUCUGAUGGCCUAAUUAGUGAGAAAUUUAUUAGCCCAGAGAAUGGCAACCACACUCUUCAGUUGUUGCUGGGCUCCUAUGCCACUGUUGCACUGCUGGCAAAUUUUGUCUUCAAUGCAUUCAUUCUACUAAAUCUAUGCCUCAAGACUAUUUUCUUUGUGGAAUUAUAUCCUUCUGAAACUCGAAAACUAAUGGAACGGCUUAUUAAUUAUGUUAUUUACAAGGGGACAUUCCUACCGUUGGUUAUUCCGGCAACAAUAUUUCAAGCAGGUCUGUGGUCAAUCUGGUUGACUGUUCUCUGUUCUUUAAAGAUGUUUCAAGCUUUGGCUAGAGAUCGACUCGAACGUCUGAAUGCAUCUCCUUCUGCAAUGCCAUGGACUUAUUUUCGUGUGUAUUCAGUACUAUUGUUGGUACUCUCUGUUGACAUCUUCUGGAUAAGGUUUUGUUUGGUGUUAUGCAGAUCAUUGGAUUCAUCCAUGUUUCUGUUAUUGUUCUUUGAGCCUUUAAGUAUUGCAUUUGAGACUAUGCAGGCAAUGUUGGUACAUGGCUUUCAGUUACUUGACAUUUGGCUUCACCAUUCUGCUGGAAACAGCGCAAGUUGCCAAAGGUUCAAAUUUUUUGAUUCAAUAGCAGCAGGUUCAUUGUCUGAGUGGAAAGGCAUUCUUAUCCGGAAUUUAGGGUUUUCCCUUGACAUGGCAACUUUAUUGAUGGCACUUGGUCAUUACAUGCAUAUUUGGUGGCUUCAUGGCGUGGCAUUUCAUCUGGUGGAUGCAGUCCUUUUCUUGAAUAUUCGUGCCUUGCUUAGUGCUAUUAUAAAGCGUGUAAGAGGAUAUGUGAAACUAAGAAUAGCUUUAGGAGCCCUUCAUGCAGCACUUCCUGAUGCAACAUCUGAAGAGUUACGAGCAUAUGAUGAUGAAUGUGCUAUCUGCAGGGAACCUAUGGCUAAGGCUAAGAAAUUGCAUUGCAGUCACCUUUUUCAUCUUGCAUGCUUGAGAUCUUGGUUGGAUCAGGGUUUAAACGACAUGUAUUCAUGCCCCACUUGUCGAAAGCCACUCUUUGUAGGCAGACAUGAAAAUGAAGCAAGUCGUCAGAGUGGAGACAUUUCAAGUGAUGAGCAGCUUGCUCGUCAAAUAAGUGAAGGACUUGAUCGGCAGAAUGGUCCUCCACCUACUGGAGUAUUCCCAAAUCAGACUCGGAAUUCUAUUGAAGGAAGCCCUUGGAGAAGUGCAGGUUUGGAUUCAAGUUGGCUCCACACUUGGCCUAGCCAAAGUUUAGAUGGAGCUGGUCCUUCUACUGCUAUGAGAUCAGUUGGAUUGGGUAGAGUUCAAAUGAUGAUGAGACAUCUUGCAUCUGUAGGAGAAACGUAUGCUCAGACUGCCCUUGAGGAUGCUGCUUGGAGUCUUUGGCCCAUGAAUCCCUCUCAAGCUGUUGCAUCUGGUUCUACUGUCCCUCCUGCUACUGGUGGAAGAUCAGUUGGAGGUACUGGUGGUUUACAGAUAAGAACUGCCUCACGUUCUGUGAAUGAUAACAUAGCAAAUAUGCUUGCCAUGGCUGAGACAGUACGCGAGGUUCUGCCUCAUAUUCCCGAUGAACUGAUACUCCGGGACUUGCAGCGAACAAAUUCUGUAACUGUCACUGUCAACAAUCUUCUCCAAAUGUGAAAUGAGUAAUGUAGUCAAAUGGUUCAAUGUGCUCCAAGUAGUCAACCUGUCAUUUUGUAUAUCAAGUAUCUGUAGGUUUGAAGCUGUGCACUAAUCAGGCUAUGUUCAAUUACUCACAAUACUCUGAAUUCUCAUCGCACUUUUGCCUUUUGCCAAUUAUCUACAAGCUUCAUUCUCUGUAUAUACCAAGUUUAUUUUACAAAAGGAGGGAAAGGCACAUUACAGGGUUGGUGUUUGGUUUUCCUGCAAAAGAAUAAAAGUUGCUACAUAUACAUAGAUGGACAGGUUGGCGUUUUGCUUAAGCCUCAAACAACAUAUUGGUUGUUGGUUCCAUUGCCAAGUUGAAAGGGACAAAGCUUUGCUGUCCAUUUCUGAAUAUAUAGUGUACAAUAAUGGAUCAUGUGUAAGUAGUAGCUCUUGUUAGUUUCCUGAGGGAAUUAUUUGCGGGGUACCUUCACAUUGUAAUUUUCCUUAUUUAUAAUGUUUAUUGAGCCUUUUCUUACUCAAGUAUGAAUUUUUACCCUUUUGUUUCUACAA